UUUGUUCACAAUUCUUUUGUGUAUUGUAUGAUAAAUUGGAAGAAGUGUUGUUACAAAAUUAAUUGAAUGCAACAAAAUUUAUUUAUAUAGCAAAAAUAUAUUUUCAAAAAACAAAUAAACAUUUCCAAGGUGUGUAAAAGCCUUUGAGUGCAACUAAAACGUUUUCUCCUCUCGUGUAUGUAGCUGCUAGAGUACUCUACACUGCAUUUAGCACCAACACCAUGGAGGAUUCCGCAGAUUUUGGUGGCGAUGGCGACAAAAAAAGCAAAGACAUUAAAUUAAACACAGCAACAACAACAAAAAUGGAAGAGGGCGAAGAUCAUAGUCAGGAUUCAAGUGUAAUGAAUAACUCACAAAGUGUCUUGGAAAAGAUUGCGAAUCUUUAUGCAGAGCAAUUGAUGUCCGACAUAAUUUUGGUUGUGGGCAAUGAGCAAUAUCCGGCACAUCGUGUCAUACUCUGUGCCAGUAGUGAAGUGUUUCAGGUGAUGCUCAUGAAUCCGCAAUGGAAUGAGUGUCGCAAGCACGUUAUCGAGUUGGUGGAGGAACCCUGUUGUACGGCUGUGUUCCCACAAUUCUUAAAAUACUUGUAUGUCGGCCAAAUAAAAAUCUCACUACAGACUGUGAUGCCAAUGCUGGCUUUGGCAGACAAAUACAAUGUGAAGGACCUUGUUGAGCUUUGUGUUGAUUACAUGAUGAAACACAUCGCUAAGGCAGCCACACAAGGUUACCUCGUCUCUUGGCUGCAGUACACAAUCGCUUUCAGUCCUUACCAUAAAGAACUCACCGAAACAUUGAAACGUUUUCUGAAAUGGAAUUUAGAAAUGGUGAGCGAAUCAAAAGACUUUGUAGAAUUGGAUGCCGCAAUAAUGGUGCUAUUGCUACAACAAAAUGACAUUGUCGUCACCAGCGAGUACCAGCUCUUUGGCAUUUUGCAACGUUGGCUGUUACAUCGCAAAGAAGUCUACGACAAUGAUGAGACACUCACGUUGGAAGAGAAGAGCGCAUCAUUUUUGCAGUUGGUCGAGCAGACGGUGGUGCAUAUACGUUUCGCAAUGAUGACGCCGCGUGAACUGGCGCAUUUAUUGCUCUUCCCUUUGCUAGAGUACCACAAAGAGUACAUUGUGCAACGCAUGGCAAUAGGCAUGAGCUAUCAGUCGGGGCAGGAAGAUCGUGUACGUGAAGUGCGCUAUUCACCCGAGGGCAUGCUGCAAUUUACACCGCGUCUGUACUCCAAUGACACCUGGAGUGUUAGCAUACAUGUGAAGGAUUUCGAUCAAAUCGAAAAAUAUAAGAAUUAUGUGACGUGCUUCUUUUCGCAACGCAACAUAGCCGAAACGGAAGAUGAUCACACAAUAACUUGGGAGAUCGAAUUCUUUCCGCGCGGCGUCAAAUACAACAAAGCGAAAAUUAUUUGGGGCGAAGAUGUACCGGAGUUUUCACUUAAAACGGUGCGUCUGCGCGUCACUUGUAAAUACCCACAGCUCGAUGAGGAGCGUUUUAAGGUAGCUGUGCUGUUCACCGGUGUACAAAAUAAAAUCGAUCAUAUUCUCACCGUACACGAACGUACCGAAUAUUUUUCGAAUAAAGUACGCGUACUGAAUGUGGACAACCUCAUACCCUACGAUGAGUUGGCGUUGUCUUCCAUCAAAUUGAGUCCGCAUCUAAUUGGUGCUGAGCGCAACAAUUUGUUAAUACAAGUGAUCAUAGCGCCCAUGGGCCCGUAUACGUGCCGUGAUGCGCCACCAUUCGAUUUUAAGUGAAAUGCAAAGGCACUUUAGUUGUAAGAAUGUAAACACCGAGUGUGCGCUGUGGGUUACUAUGCUGUAUAAACAUUUAUAAGUUAGUUGAACGUAAUUAAAAUUGGGAAUAUGUAUGUAUAUUGAAAAAAACAAUGAAUUAUGUUUGCA